CGGGGCGCACCCGGCCCUCCAGGCCGACGAUGACUCCUUAUUGGACCAGGACUUACCUUUGACCAACAGUCAGCUGAGUUUGAAGAUGGACCCCUGUGACAACUGCAGCAAACGGCGCGAGCUGCUGAAGCAGAGGAAGGUGAAGACCCGGCUGACCAUUGCUGCCGUCCUGUACUUGCUUUUCAUGAUCGGAGAGCUUGUAGGUGGAUACAUCGCAAAUAGCUUAGCGAUUAUGACAGAUGCACUUCAUAUGCUAACUGACCUUAGUGCCAUUAUACUCACUUUGUUUGCUUUGUGGCUGUCCUCAAAGUCACCAACCAGAAGAUUCACCUUUGGAUUUCACCGCCUAGUGCUCAAUGUGAUUAUUUCCUGUCAUCUACUGCCCCCAGAGGUUUUGUCAGCUAUGAUCAGUGUGAUGUUGGUGUAUGUACUUAUGGGAUUCCUCUUAUAUGAAGCUGUGCAGAGAACGAUCCAUAUGAACUAUGAAAUAAAUGGUGAUAUCAUGCUCAUCACUGCAGCUGUUGGAGUGGCAGUUAAUGUAAUAAUGGGGUUUCUGUUGAACCAGUCCGGUCACCACCAUUCCCACUCCCAUUCCCCCUCCCUGCCUUCAAAUUCUCCCACCAUGGUAUCUAGUGGACACAGCCAUGGGCAGGACAGCUUGGCAGUGAGAGCUGCAUUUGUACAUGCCCUGGGUGAUUUGGUACAGAGUGUUGGUGUGCUUAUAGCUGCAUACAUCAUACGAUUCAAGCCAGAAUACAAGAUUGCUGAUCCCAUCUGUACAUAUGUAUUUUCAUUACUGGUGGCUUUCACAACAUUUCGCAUCAUAUGGGACACCGUGGUGAUAAUACUGGAAGGUGUACCAAGCCACUUGAAUGUAGAUUAUAUCAAAGAAUCAUUGAUGAAAAUAGAAGAUGUAUAUUCUGUGGAAGAUUUGAAUAUCUGGUCUCUCACUUCAGGAAAAUCCACUGCCAUAGUUCACAUGCAGCUAAUUCCUGGAAGUUCAUCUAAAUGGGAAGAAGUGCAGUCCAAAGCUAAGCAUUUAUUACUGAACACAUUUGGCAUGUAUAAAUGCACUAUUCAGCUCCAGAGUUACAGACAAGAAAUGAACAGAACUUGUGCAAAUUGUCAGAGUUCCAGUACCUGAUCCUGUGUACUUGGGGUCUACAGCCUUAUUUAUCCUGCAGUCACAGACCUGAGAGCAAUAAACGCAAACCUAAUGGAGUCCCUGACAGCUGUGUCCAUGUCAAACAUGGUCUCUCAUAGUCACUCGGGUCUGACUGAUAACUGCAUGAUUUUCAGAUGAAGUGUCCAAAGUACUGUUUACAGAGUGAGCUGUAACUCUGCAGAUACCUCAUAGAAGACAAUCCAAGACCAUACUUCAUUAAUUUGACAGAAUACACAAGACGAACAGAAAGACUCAGAAUUCAGUAUUUGCAUCUAAAACUACUUUUUACAGUCCUUUUAUAUGAAGUCAGUGCUAGCAAGCUCAGUGUUGAAUUAUUUGGGAUUUUUGUCUCUGUAUAAUCUUGGCAUCUAGUUUCUGGAAUUGUGUUCCCUUUUUAUAAAAAUUAGCCCCCCAACAGAUUUCAGAAAGUAAUAAUAUCCAGAAAAUGGAAUAAGCAUGUAUUCCUAAGUGUUUCAUAACUGUUUUAUUUCAUAAAUAACUCUUAAUUUUAUUAUUAGAGUCAUACUUUAUAAGCAAAUUUUCCAGAUAUUACUGGUUUUGAAUCUCAAUGUUUUGAUUAUUUGUAAUCUUAUCAGAAAUAUUCACAUAAUGUGGUCAUUGUCAUUAAAUUAUUUAGGAAAUUUUUAAUAUAACUCUGAAUGGCAGAGAUUAGAUUUAACCUCAGAUUACCUUACCAUAUAAUGAUCUAAAACAGAGGAGCAAGUAGUAGCAUGUGAAGUUUUGGAUUUCUAUCUUCCCUGAAAAUCACUUUUGUGCUUUAUGUAGAAUUAUCUUAAGGACAGUAAGAGAUGACAAAGCUUCAGCAGUUAUCCACUGUCCUUUAAAGAACUGCCAAUAUUUGUUAGUAACAGUUUCCUUGGUGCCCUGUUCUCAUGUGUAAUCUGUAUGAAUCUUUCAGGUUCCUAUCGAGGUACCUGAGUUUAUUAAUGCCUACCAUGCAGAGUACCCUGUUACUCGAAAGAGAAUUUAUGUCUUAUGUUAUGGUUAGGGGGUUCUCCGUGCAUUAGAGAUAUCCCCAAAGUACAGCCUUGAAGUUUCACAAUAAUGCCAUAGCAGAAAGUUACAGAGGGUUGGGUGGAGAAAGUUCUUUGAGAAAACAAAAGGUGAAGAGUUUUGUUUUGUUUUGUUUUUUUAACUAUGUAUUGCACAAAAUAACUGAAGUAAGAAUGGCCAUUAAAGCUAAAUCUAGGGAAGUGGCAUAAAUAUUUCCAACUAAGGGAACAUAAUUGGCAGAAGUUUGUUAAGGAGACAGUCGUGAAUAUUCAUAUCUGAAUAUUCAACAGUUGUUUUGAGAUGACUUCUUUUCAGCAGAGACACUUUAUUUGACUCUUGGCUCCUGAGUGAAUCAGAGUGGAGUAACAAUGUCCCAAGCAAGUUGUGAACUGAAAUCCUAGAAACCCAAAUGAUGUGUAAAUGGCGAGUGGGAAAUAGGUGUUAUCUUCAUACUGCAGACUGUCCCUAUGUGUAAAACUAAAAUAAGAAAAUCUAGAUUAUUAUCCCAACAACCCCUAAAGUUGUUGGGAAUUGAUAAUAUCAAAAAAAAAAAAAAAAAGCUGAUGUUACCUAAUAAAACCCAGGAGUAUUUGUUGAGUUCAAAGUUUGCUUUGAAAAAAAAAAAAGGGAAGUUUACUUUGUUGAAUUUUAUUGAGUCCAUUUAAAAUUAUAAAUUGUUUGAAUUUCAAAACUUUUAGAAUGUAAACUAAAUAAAACAAUGAUAAGCAUAUGAGUAAGUGGUGGGCAUUGAAGUGGCUGCCUGGGCAUUUGUGGCCUUUAGGUGUCUAGGAAGAAAGGGAAUAUGUACCUUUUAUACUUAAUAUUUUCCCAUGUCAGUUAAGUUUAUUUCUUGUAAGCACCCUUUAUCACAAUAUGGGCAUAUCUAGAUUUUCAUAUUGACUUGUUCCUUAAGUUUUUGGAUAAAACAGCCUAAAAAUCAAUUUGAAUAUUAAAAAGGGUUGUUUUUAUGAAACGCUGAAAACUUUUGCAAGUCUUAACUAUCAUAUUCUGCUUAAAGCAGGUGUACCCAAAGUUUCUGUGCUUUACUUUUGCAGCAAGAGCUAGACUUGCUGCAAAAGUACUUUACUGGCCCACAAGAUGGAAAGCUAAGAGAUUUUACUAGUUAACUUGUCAGAACCAGCAUUAACUAAGCAGUUACUCCAGGCACUACACAGCUGUGGGUUUUGGUAUGUCCUUUACGUAUUGAGCCCAAUGUACAGUGGCGCAAAUUCUCAGCUGAGCUGUUGGAGCUCUUUGAAAAGCAGGGUCUGAAUCAGAGAGAUUCGGUACUAAUUUUGCACUGGGAAACAUCACAACAUAAAAACUUGGCAAUUCUCCAUUGCAGUAUAUUCUAAUGAAUAUUUACAGAUAAUCAGUGAUUAUAGUCAUUAGCCUGUGCUUUACAGCUCUGGUCCUCUGCAGUCUUUUGUUUUUAGGUAGACUUUGACUAAUGAUCUUGCUGCCUUAACAAGCAUAAUGAGAAUGCAUUGACUAAGACACACUUGAUAGAACCCAGAGCUAUUGUAAUUCUUGCACACAGCUGUGUGAUUUCCACACUUACCAGUCUUGAUGUGAUCAGAGAUUUUCACAGCUCCCGUCAGCAGUUUGCCAGAUCGCUAGAUUUCUUAGGUUAUUGUGUUUCUAUUCAGUUUGGGUAGGGGCUCUUUUCUUCUCUCUGAAGUAUUUUCUGACAUAAGACUCUUGGUGGCCUGUCUUCAGCCCAGGUGGCCCACCUGUCAGUAUUUGUCUUUAGGCAAUCCUUCCCAGAGUGGACAUAGUCAAGAUCAGAUAGAUGCGUAGCGUGUCUCUCAUUUUUCAGAGAGAACUUUCAGGCAGUACUUAGAAAGAUCUUUCCAGGCGAGAAAGGGUUUUAAAACCACAGAUCAUCCCCUGCCCAGAUUUCUGUAUGUUGUACUUAGUAGAGCAUAUGAGACAGAAAUAGACUGAGUAGCCACUGUGAAGGGCUUUGGGUUUCUCAAAAGCUAGUUAGCACUCUUAGAGAUUUUGAUCCUGCAGCACAUCCUUCAGCUACAUUUGGCUUUAUGUAUCUGUGAUUAUUGGUUCACCAUCAUAAGAUGAUCUUACUGAAUCUGAACCCCUUUGAAGUACAGUUGUAGGCAUUUUUUUCUGCUGACUACCUUGUAUGGACUAAGAUGAAAAUUACAGAAUGUGUCCCUACAUAUUAGAUCAGUUCAUCUGGUCUUAGUUAUAAGUGAACAGUGAUAUCUCACAAGAUACUGGGCUAAGGAAAGCAAGUCUUACCUCCAGGUAGGUGACCUGACAUCUCAGUAGCGAGACCAUCAUUUGCAAACUAAUUCCAAUUCCAGGGCUGUCAGAUAGAUCCUUCAGGCCAGGGUUUCAGAUUGAUUUUACAAUUAAUAUUGUUUGUGAUGUUAGUGGGAGCAUGCAAACUGGAAAGAAGAAAUUGUGGGAAUUCCUCAGUAUUAUAUGUCUCCAUUUAAGCAAGCAGGUCAUUGAGUUCUUGGUUACAAAAGGUUUGUUGGGAACCAACAGGCAUUUUCUGAUUUUUGUUAAGAUUGGUAAAUGUGUUUGGAGACUUUGACAGCUAAAUCCAUGACAAUGUCAUUUAAAAUAGUGCCAUCAAGAAUGUCCUGAAAAAAUUCAGCACAAAGUUGAAAUGUGCCAGUGUGUCCCUUUUCUGCUUAGAAGAUAACUUGUAUUUGGAAAGUGUCUGCCUCUCUAAAUAAAUAUGUGAUUAAAUAAGCCAUAUCACGGUUUAAGAAAUUGUAUAUACUUUCCUGUACACUCCUCCAAAAACCAAGUAUUUUGCAUAUGAUUGAUUUUAGAAAGAAUUUGAAGCUGGGGUUUAUCUGUGUAUUAAAGAUCGGAUUCUUUGUAUAUGUAUUGUAUUUGCCAUUUUCAAAUGAAAUUUCCUAUAUGAUUAUUAAAUAAAGUGUUGUUU